CUCGAGAGAGCAAGAGAGAACGAGAGAGAGAACGAUACUGAACGUCUAACCGUGAAGGAUACCGACUUUUGGUUGGGGACUGAGAACCGCCGACUCACUUUCUGCAGACCUUCCAAGGUUUGAUAGAGAUAUCAAGUGGAGGUAAACCCCCUAAGACUGCAGAAGGACCCGUCUGGUUAUCCAAGGGUUGGCUACAUGCAAAGCUGUGUUUUGGUUGUAAGGAGACCUGAGAAUCUGAAGAAGAAACCAUGAAUUUUGUGAUGAAGCAAGCCUUAGGUGGGGCCACUAAAGACAUGGGGAAGAUGUUAGGAGGAGAGGAGGAGAAAGAUCCUGAGGCGGCAAAGAAGAAGAAGGAGGAAGAGGAAGAGAGACAAGAGGCUUUGAGACAACAGGAGGAAGAGAGGAAGGAGAAGCACAGGAAGAUGGAGGCUGAGAGAGAAGUGGUCCGGCAGUCCAUCAGAGACAAGUACGGACUGAAGAAAAAAGAGGAGAAAGAGGCGGAGGAGAAGGCAGCCAUGGAGCAGGCCUGCGAGGGGUCUCUGACUCGGGCCAAGAAGGCCAUCCCUGCAGGAUGUGGAGAUGACGAUGAUGAUGAUGAGGAGAGCAUUCUGGACACUGUCCUCAAGUUCCUCCCCGGACCUCUGCAGGACAUGUUCAAGAAGUAAUAAACAACGUCAACGGCACUACAGGGUUUUAUC